AAAGAAAGAAAGAAAGAAAGAAAGAAAGAAAGAAAGAAAGAAAGAAAGCAAGAAAGCUGUUCUGACAUUGUCCAUCGGAUGGCGCUAUUAAGUAAACACCGAGCCAAAGAGCGUCAUCGGUCUCCUAGCAGCGGCGUGUCGCGCGUGAGAGUUUUCAAGACGCCUCUCGUCUCUCCAUCUGCACUGGAAACACCAUCAUCAAUCAGAUGACUGAGAUUUUUGCUUACAAAAUUACUAAAACCAAGACGCAGACAACAUACAACUCAAGCCGAGCCGGAGCAUAAAAAAGCGCCCCAUCCAACUAGGCAAAUGGGGCUUUUUGAUAAGCUUGCAGGGUGGCUGGGUCUGAAGAAGAAGGAAGUGAAUGUGCUGUGUUUAGGUCUGGACAACAGUGGAAAAACUACCAUCAUCAACCAGCUAAAGCCAUCCAAUGCUCAGGCUCAAGACAUUGUCCCAACUAUAGGCUUCAGCAUAGAAAAAUUUAGGACCUCAAGUCUUUCUUUCACAGUGUUUGACAUGUCAGGACAGGGAAGAUACAGAAAUCUGUGGGAGCACUAUUACAAGGAGGGUCAGGCCAUCAUUUUUGUGAUUGAUAGUGGAGAUAAACUAAGAAUGGUGGUGGCAAAAGAGGAAUUGGAUACCCUUUUGAAUCACCCUGACAUUAAGCACCGAAGGAUACCUAUACUCUUUUUCGCCAACAAGAUGGACCUCAGGGAUGCUUUGUCAGCAGUAAAAGUCUCUCAGCUCUUGUGUUUGGAAAACAUUAAGGACAAACCAUGGCAUAUCUGUGCUAGCGAUGCAGUGAAAGGAGAAGGCCUUCAGGAGGGCGUAGACUGGCUGCAAGAACAAAUUGCACAAUCAAAUCAGAGCGAUGAAAACGUAAAAUCCUCCUGAAAAUUAAAAAUUCAUGGUCAAUGACGGAGCCGGACAAAACCGAUCUUCACCUCUGGGCACCUACUGUCUAUGCUGACUUUAAAAUCAGUUAGAUUGGUAGAGUAAUACACUGUUUGGCUUUGAUUAUAGCCAUGUUCGCACUAUGUAUGAACAUCUGUUUCAGUUGGUCAGUGGCCAGUUGCAUAAACUGCAUAAACUAUUUUUUUUCUCAUGUUUUAAAAAUCAGUUACAGUUAAUUAGUCUAAUUUUUAUCCAAAUCCAAAAAGUAAGAUUGAUUACCUGCUAAGACUGAACUACCUGCUAGUUGGUCAGAGUAUUUAUUAAGACACAAUCUUAACAUAGUGGCUAUACUGUAUGUAUAUAUGCAACUGGCCUCUGAUGGCAAGUGGUGAGUCGAGACUUUCCUUUUUAAAUCUCACCACAAACAUUAUUCGGAAAGUUGUUUUCUUUUAAAGAUGCACAUAACUAGUGAAGUUUAACCUAUUCGCGCAAUGAUUGAUUGGCAGAUUCAUAAAAACUGAUUUGAAUUUACACUAAAAAUGGUAAUCCAUACGGAUUUCUGACUACCCCCAAAUGAGCGAUCAAAUCACAAAACAUUUUUACCCCAUUUAUACCUGCAAUUAUGGUGUGUUCGAGUCCUCCUGAAGUUCGUAUUUACAAGUCGAGAAGUCGGGUUUAUGAAGUCGGGUGCGUUCAAGUCCCUUUCGUCUUAGGAAGAUUACGGCGUCUUAAUUAACUACAACAAAAAUACAGCAAGGUUUUUAAACUCUACUUCACGAAAAUUAAAAACAAAGGAUGUAAAUUGGGUGUUUUUUGCCUUUUAAUUAAUGUAUGAAACCACUGUAAAAUUGAUCAUUCUAUUAUAUUGUUUAAUUACAAUACUAUUGUAUUUUGUGUAGGAAAUUAGCUUAUUUGUUGUAAAUAAAAAAGCCUGACAAUGUCACUGCUAAUUACCUAUAAAUAUUGUGGCGUUCCACCACUAUUCUCACUGACACGUCCCCAAUUCGUAAAGAUCCCAAGCUUCCCACUCGUAUUUACGACUUUGUGGUGACUUUCAACUCAUAAAUACGAACUUUUUGACAUGACUUGAACACGUGCUGACCACUUUGGAUCACCUGAGAUAUGAUAUUUUUAAGUGUAAAGUGGUCUGACAAUUCGUCAAAGGUCAUUGCGCCUUCUUUCUUGAUGAAUUUUCUUUCAUAAAUAUUCCACGACAAUAUAAUAUGCAAUAAAUUUGUGCAUCAAAUUUGAAACUUUAAAUACUUACACUACACUUCUUGGCUGCUAAUGCUAGACUAAUUCUGCUGAGAAACGUACUGUUUCUCAGACAGAAAAGUAGAGUGGCUAAUAUUUUAUAUCGUAGUUAUGUUUGUUUAUCAAUAGAUAUAAAACAUUCCUGUGCGGUGUUGCAUUCAGUGUUGCUCUGGAAUGUAAAAUGGUGAAAGCUUGUUACUGUAGUAAUGUAUCGCAGUGCUUUGUCACUAUUUUGCUUUGAUUUUCAUGCAUUGCAUACAGUUGCCUACAAUGGACAGUGUUUUUUUUUUUUUUUCCUCAGAAAGGUUGACACUUCAAACCGUCACAAAGGAAACAUUCCCUCUUUUUUCUGGAGUUAUUUAUUUUUCAAUAUUAUUAUAUUUCUCGAGUAUAUGUAAAUUUAAUGUUGCUGCAUGUCCUGUGUUUUGUCUAGAUGAUACAUUUUCACCAAAUAAUUUAUUUUCUAAACAUUUGACUGAUUUAGAAAUGUUUUUUUUUUUUUUCUUGCUGUUUUUAUUCAUCAUUAAGGGAUCUUGUAAUAAAAUGUUUAAAGAAUAAACUGAAACUCUGGGGCUUAGCAUCUGUA